AUGCCUCAACUAAACCCAAACCCCUGAUUUACCAUUCUACUCCUUACAUGAUUCUCUUUCUCCUUACUCAUCCAACCUAAAUUACUAACUUUCACCACCACAAACCCCCCACUAAAUAAAACCCAACCAACCAAACCAACCCCCUGAACCUGACCAUGAACCUAA